AUGGCAGCCAGAAACUCAGAUCAGGCAUUGGAGCAAAAGAGCUUGUAUUUACGUGUCCGUGCAACGCAUUUCCUCAGGGAGAGGCUGAACGACCCAAGCAUGGCAACGGACCAAGCUACGUUAGCCAGCAUACUUAUGCUAGCUCAGGUUGAUAUGUGCUCAGGAGACUGCAUCGAGUUUGAGACACACUUAAAGGCAGCGGUUGCUAUUUUACGUGGCCGGCACAAUGAACAGAGUGUGAAUAGAUACUAUUUCGAACAGCGGCUUGUAUGGCUUGACCUCAUCAGUUCAACGUCUUCCGCCCGAGCUCCCAAUUUUACGGUCAAAGAAAUCAAUAUGGCUCUCCAUCGUCACUCAAAUGCGGACGGCAGAGAAUGGAGCUAUGACGUCUUUCCAUGUCCAAUCGACCUGUUCGAGAUGCUUGUGGAUGUUACCAUGUUAUACAAAUCACAUCCCAAUAGAGAUGAUCCAACAGAGAAGGAGCUGGAACAUGUUGAUUACAUGAUGGGCCGCCUUAGAAAAUGGGAAUCCCGCCGAACUUUAUCUGGAUCUCGGAAACACAUGGUUGAAGGUUGGCGAUUUGGCAUCAUGGUUUAUCUGGCACAGCUGUUCCCGACUACUUCUAAGACCGUCCAAAGAUCACAUUUGACGAGCCAGGUCCUCCAUCACGCAAAACUCAUACAUCCGGUUAGCUCCUGGAGUUACUCCUUGCUAUGGCCUAUCUUUCAAGCUGGCGUUGCCCUUGAUAGUGGGCAAUUGCUGGAAAAAGAUUGCAUAAGAUCGAGAUUAAAACAGGCGUAUGAAGCUGUUGGUUGCAGCCAUUUCAGGAACGCAGCUGAUACUCUAGAGCUUGUUUGGGAGAAACGUACCAAUGGCGAUCUCGCUGCAAAUGGAUCAUACGGGCGUACCAUAAUGCUAGCAUAA